AUGACCAGCUCCUGCUGUGGCUCCACCUGCUCCGGCUGUGGGGGAGGCUGCUGCCAGCCCUGCUGCUGCCAGCCCUGCUGCUGCCGAGACCCCUGCUGCUGCCGCCCCUGCUGCUGCCAGACCACCGUGUGCCGCCCUGUGACCUGUGUGACCCGCUGCACACGCCCCAUCUGCGAGCCCUGCCGCCGCCCCAUCUGCUGUGACCCCUGUGGCCUGCAGGAGGGCUGCUGCCGCCCCAUUGCCUGCUGCCCCACAUCCUGCACGGCUAUUGUCUGCCGCCCCUGCUGCUGGGCCUCCACCUGCUGCCAGCCCAUCUGUGUGCAGGCGCCCUGCUGCCGGCCCCCCUGCUGCCAGCCUGCCCCCUGCCGCACCACCUGCAGGACCUGCCCCUCCUGCUGCUGA